CCCGGCUCCAGAUGAACUAAGUAACUCCCCAACUGCCGUUAUUCACCGCUUCCGCGCAAUCAAAUCGCCAGUGUCUCAGAUAUACGAAUUACCCAGCACUUAUAUAGACACUGGACAGUGCACCAGAACCCUGUUAAACCAGAGGUCAAUAACUAUCCGAUUGUCUCCAAUCUCUCUCUCUAUCCACCAAGUACCAUAAUACAUCACCCCCGAGAUAGAAGAGAACCCAACCGAGCUCCAGAAAUGGCGGAUACCAAGGAGCCUCUCCUACACUCCAAGAGCGACGCAUUGGAUACCGUCGAACCCCCGCCAUCGUAUGAAGCCUCGUCCACCACGACACCAGCUCGCGCAUCGCUACUACCACGACCUCCUCCUCUUAGUCUCCCAGCGCUCAUCAAGCUUCGAUCAAAGCGAGUGAUCCUCGCGUCUGCAUCGCCCCGCCGCAAACAGAUCAUCUCGUUCCUCGGCCUGAACAAUGUCGAAAUCAUUCCUUCCAACACGGCAGAGAACUUUCCCAAGACGAUGACGCCGUUCGAGUACGUCCUGGCGACGGCGACGGAGAAAGCAACGACCGUUUAUAGUCAGGAGAUUGAUAAUGAGAAGAAGGGCGAGCCGGGACUGAUCCUGGCGGCAGACACGGUUGUCGUGGAUACGACGACGGGAACGAUUUUGGAGAAGCCCCGCUCCGAAGGCCAUCAUAUUGCGAUGCUCAAGGCGCUUCGAGAUGCGCGCGAUCAUAAGGUCUACACGGCCAUUGCGGUGAUGGUGCCGCUGGCAAGCGCGCGGCAGCCCGGAUAUGCACUUGAAACGGCGGUCGAGGAGACCAGUGUGCGGUUCGAUAGCGAAGUGACGGAUGAGUUGAUCUUGGCUUAUGUCCGGACGAGAGAGGGAGUAGAUAAAGCCGGCGGAUACGGCAUACAAGGACUAGGUUCAAUACUCAUCGAGAAAAUUGAAGGAAGCGCCGAUAAUGUCAUUGGAUUGCCGUUGAGGACGACGCUCAAGUUGAUCGAGAAGGUGAUGUCGAAAGCGGACGAUGAUGACAGGCUACCGGAUGAUGAGGGAAUGUCCGGCGAGGAGGACGAGGACGAGUGAAACAGGAAGAUUAUGUUUUCGGUCUUACAGAUUUUCAUGAAAUGACUUAUAUGCUCAGCCAGUUCUGCACUUUCUGGGCUUUACGUCUGGCGUUCGGGCGGAGGGUUUAAAAGAUAGACCAAACUUAUGAUUUUGUAGUACAUAGAAAUAGCUCAUAGGCAAAUACAUAUAGUUUUCUAUGAC